GAACGCGGGGCUGCCGCCGCAGUCAGCGCCGCCUCACCUGCCAAAAUGGCCUUUCCCGGGUGCGUCAGCUUGGCCCGGACUGGUGGGGCAGCGGCGGCGGCCACCGGGACUCGAGUCCCCCCGGGCUGAGCCAUGGCGCGAUUCCCGGCGACAAAGCUAAAGAAAAGGAGGCGGCGGCCGCUCUCCGCCGCUGUUCAAUUACAAUAUUCAUGAACUCCUCGUAAAUACGGAGGAGUGGAGAGCGCGAGAGGCGGACUCUCGCGGGCGCGCUGAUUGGCUAGAGCGCUCUCGCGGCUCCGCGAUUGGCUGGCGUGGAAGGCGAGGCGAGUCGGGACGGGCUGAGCGUCUCCUUGUUUGGAGCAGCCGUUGAGCAUGCGCAGUGGGUGCCUGGCUGUGAGAGGCCCGCUGUCUACGGGAGGGUCCGCGCUUCGCCCCAAAAUCUCUUUGCUGUUGCUUCGUGCUAAAAGCUCUUCCUGCACUUUCUUGUUCUGUCUUCGGAGGAUCCUGCCUCGUGGAAUAAUUAUUAUUACGAACAUUCAUGGAUCGCUUCAAAUCAUUCUGGGGGCCCGCGGAACCCCCCGCCACAAGGAAGCUGUUAGUCUUUCCCGGUCGUAUUUGUUGCAGCAGACUGAGCGCCGUACCUCCCCCGCCUGUCUUGUGGUGAUGGUGCAGGCGACGAGGGUGCCCCUGAGCGUGCACAGAGUGCCUGCCCUCCUUUUUUUCCUGCUAAACUUCAGGACAAUACAGAGAGAGCAGUGUCCGCCCCGGACAAAUCACGGAGAACCAAUUGCAGCCGAGUCACUCUGAAGAAUACCCCCGCCCCAAUCAGCGCCUUUGGGAGGCGGGGCUAUCAGAAAGACUCGCCCCCUCCGUCGCGGCUUCUCCGUCCUUUCAUUCAUUCGAUUCAUUCAUUCUGUCGGAUGCUGAGCGACGUGACAGCCAACCAGGGCCGAGCUCUGGAGUCCCUCCUCCGUUGCCAGGGCGGAGCGUCUCCAUGGCGACCGGUUUGUUGCCUUCGCGGCGCUGCUCUUCCAUGCUCGGAUUGGAAGUCGCGCGCCAGGCCAGGCCCGCUCUGCCAAGGGGUGGAUUCUUUCCCUCGGUGCUAGCUUGCUGUCCCUGCUCGGUCCCUGCUCUCCGUCUCCUCCCAGGAUCUUCCCGCGGGCACGAUGGCCAAACUGCUGCAAGCGCCCCCCAAGUUCCUGCCCCCCGAAUGGCACAUCGCCAACAAGACCCAGUACAGCGGCGCCGAGGCCCAGCGGUCCCUCUCAGAGCACCUUGUGGACGAGAGCCAGCGGCUGGUGGACGAGAUCGAGAGGACCACACAGAAGACCCAGAGCGACGUCAACAAGAGGAUAGAACAGAGACUCGAAGAGAUCCGAUUCUGGAAGAAGCAGCUGGACGACAAGCUCGACCAGCUCGCAAAGGAAACGGACGUGCUUUUGGCUUUCAAGACGAGGCUGGAGAAGGCCCUCGAGGGCUGCAGAGAGCCCCUCUUCAUUGCCCAGCAGUGCCUCCUGAACCGGGAGAGGCGGGUAGGAAUCGACCUGGUGCAUGAUGAAGUGGAACAGGAGCUGAUCAAGGAAGUCGAGGUUCUUCAGGGGGUGAUAGCCCUGCUUGAGCGGACUUCGGAGCAAACCAAUGAGCAAAUUCGGCUCAACCGCUCAGCCAAAUACAACCUCGAAAAGGACCUGAAGGACAAGUUCACUGCCUUGACCAUUGACAACUACUGCUCCAACCUGACAAACAACACGCCCGACAUCCACUAUGCCCAAAACGUGGUGAAGGUGGACGAGAAUUCGGUGAGUCCCGAAGAAUGGCUGGAUUUCUCCAACGUGAACGUUGAAAAAGCCGACAAGCAACGCAACAACUCCCUGGCGCUCGAAGCUCUGAUCGACAGCAUCCUCUCCCAGAUCAUGAGUGACGUGCGCAAGCAGAACGAGACGGUGAACGUCGCCUUCUGGAACCGGGUGAAGGAGACCAAAGAUGCUAAGAACAAGCUGGAGGUGCACCUGGCAAAGGUGAUGGAGGAGGUGAAUUCCCAAGAGAAGAACAUGGAGGCGCUGAGGAAAGCCAUCCUGGACAAGGAGGGGCCCGCUAAGGUGGCCCAGACCCGCCUAGAGACCCGGACCCACCGGCCCAACGUGGAGCUCUGCCGUGACAUGGUGCAAUACCGCCUGAUGCGGGAGGUGCACGAGAUCAACCACAACAUUCAGAGGCUGAAGGAGACGCUGGCCAAGGCCGAUGCGGAGCUGAAAGGCCUCAACCGCCGGCAGCUUUCGCUGGAGGAGGAGAUUGAGGUCAAGGCCAACACCCUCUACAUCGACGAGGUCCUUUGCAUGCAGAUGAGGGAGUCCAUUUCUGUCCACAACUUUUGAUGCUGUGAUGUUGCUGGCAGAAUCACCGCCCCUGGAUGCUUAUUUUGACCUUUGAGUGUGAGCUUUAGUCGUCUGCUAUGUAAAGUUUCUAAGGGACCAUAAAAGUUGUGAGACAUCGGA